CCGUCCAUCCCCCCUCUCCCACCUUCCUCUCCUUCCUCCUCCACAUCCGCAUCCGGCUGAGAGCAACCACCAUAGCUUCUGAGCCCUGAGCUUGUGCCGUGAGGUGUGUGUUCUUGGUUUCUUGGUUUUUUGGGAGAGAUGUCGAAGAUGGCGGAGGAGAAGGUCCUGGCGGCGCCGGCAACGGGAGGAGGCAUCGACGGCGCGCUGCAGCAGUCCGGGGGGGACCUGCAGGCCUCGGCGGCGGCCGCGCGCGUGCGGCCCGUCGAGACGCUCCUCCGCGCCGCGCCGCUCGGCCUCUGCGUCGCCGCCAUGGCCGUCAUGCUCCGCAACUCCCAGACCAACGAGUACGGCGCCGUCUCCUACUCCGACCUCGGCGGCUUCAAGUACCUGGUGUACGCCAACGGGCUCUGCGCCGCCUACUCGCUCGCGUCGGCGUUCUACAUCGCCGUGCCCCGCCCGGCGACGCUCUCCCGCUCCUGGAUCGUCUUCCUCCUCGAUCAGGUGUUCACGUACCUGAUCCUGGCGGCAGGGGCGGCGUCGGCGGAGCUGCUGUACCUGGCGUACAACGGCGACAAGGAGGUGACGUGGAGCGAGGCGUGCGGCGUGUUCGGGAGCUUCUGCCGGCAGGCGAGGACGUCGGUGGCCAUCACCUUCGGCUCCGUCGCCUGCUACAUCCUCCUCUCCCUCAUCUCCUCCUACCGCCUCUUCAGCGCCUACGACCCGCCCCAGCCCUCCCUCGGCAACAAGGGCGUCGAGAUCGCCGCCUUCCCGCGCUGACUGAGCCGCCGCCGGAGACCACGACGACGACCACCACGCAGCUAAGCUUGAGCUGCUUGCCUGUGUACGACUAGCAAUAAUAAGUAUGGGUUUUAUAUAUAAGGUUAUUAAUUAAUCGAUCUCCAGCUAAAUAUAUCGAUCUCUGACCUGAUCAUGAUCGUGUUUAUAUAUAUAAUAUAAUAUAAUACUAGAAGUCUAGAACUCGAUCGUAGUAUUAUGUAUGGUUGUUAAUUCGAUCUGUCUGCCUGCUGUGAUGAACUGGUGAUCGAUCGGUUUGAAGAGUGCAAAUUGGAUCUAUAUAUCUGCAGGAUAACGUCGUCAGGUUGGGUAAUUUGAUGAGAAAA